GUCGGCAAAAGGGUAAACCCUUUGGACUUUACCGUAAUAAUCUCUCUCUCUCUCUCUCUCUUUCUUUCCCCCCAUCUCUGGCUUUCUCGGAGAAAUCUGAUUCGCCGCUGCCGAUGGAAGACGAAGAGGACAACGAAUUCCACCCAAAAUCACAGUCGUCGUCCGACAACCAAAACCAUCGGCAAUCAUCGCCCCCGCCGCCGUCGCCGUCGCCGUCUCCGUCUUCUCAGCCAGUAACGGUAGCGGCGGUGGGGCCGUCAUCCCAUCACUCUCUAACCCUAGCCCUUCCCAUACAACAGCCCCGGGUACCCGGCACCGGAGGCGGCCGCGAAGACUGUUGGAGCGAAGGCGCCACAUCUACGUUAAUCGAUGCCUGGGGUGAACGCUACCUCGAACUCAGCCGAGGAAACUUGAAGCAGAAACACUGGAAAGAGGUUGCGGAUGUUGUCACCAGCCGCGAGGACUACACAAAGGCAGCCAAGACUGAUAUCCAGUGCAAGAAUCGGAUCGACACUUUGAAGAAGAAGUACAAGAUCGAGAAAGCCAAGAUUUCUUCUGGGUUACAAACCAAGUGGGUUUUCUUCGGUCGCAUUGAAGAACUCAUCGGCCCAGUGUCUAGAAAGAACGAAGACAACGAUGAUGACCACAAGAGCAAUAGGCAUGGCCAUCCAUCUGCGUCUCUACCGAAGAUACCCGUCAGAAGCGUCAGAUCGUCAAGGCAGCAUUUUCGGGUCAAGCAGCGUGAUUCGAGUAACUCGGGCGGCGAUGAUGGCGAUUCGUCGGAUAGUUUUCCGCCGCGGACGACGACUAAUGUGAACGGAAAGAGAUGGCGUUUUGAGAAGAAGCCACCACCUGUUCAAAGCAGGAGAGUUGGAGGGGAGUCGGAUUCUCCGAUGAAAGAACUGAGUCGGGCAAUUGUUAAGUUUGGGGAGGUGUACGAGAGGGUGGAGAGAUCGAAACUGGAGCAGGUGAUGGAAAUGGAGAGGCAGAGGAUGGAAUUGACUAGGGAUUUGGAGCUUCAGAGGAUGCGCUUCUUCAUGAAGACCCAGAUCGAGCUCUCACAGCUCAAUCAUGGCAGAAGAGUCGUUGUCGGUAACGGCCGCCAUAACAGUAACAACGGUGGCUGAAUUGUGAUUCAACACUCAGUAGACUCGGCCUCUAAUUCUCUCUCUUAGACUCUCUAACCCAUUUCA